UUUUACGGAGUUUACCACAAAUUCCUCAAACAUUUCUGUGUUGUAAGCUUACCGCAUGGUAUAAGCCCGCGAAUUUAUACAUAUAGCAUUUCUGCCAGAUUCUGUAAUCAGGAAUCUUGAUUGCAUUGUAUCCUGCUGCGAAAACAGUUUUGAACUUUUGCAUUCGUUACGCAUUUGCCGUGGAACUGGCUGGUGGUUGGACAGUUUGCAGUUAGCAAUAGUUCAUAGUAUGGAUAAGUUGGAGCCUCCCGAAAAGUUUAGCUUUCCAUUCGAGCCGUACGCUAUCCAAGAUGCCUUCAUGCGAGAUAUUUUUACGACCAUCGAGGAGCGCAAGAUUGGGUUGUUUGAGAGUCCUACGGGCACUGGGAAAUCCCUUAGUAUCAUUUGUGGAGCCCUUACGUGGCUGAAGGAGUACAAAAUCGGGAUUGAGACACGUUUGCGAAAUGUCCUCAGCCAAGAGAAACUUCUUGCUGCCAACGCGAAAGCAGAUAAUUGGUUGGCGGCGGAUUAUGAGUGCUCCAAAGAAAAAGAGAGUUGUCGAUCUCAGCGAGUCACGCUCGAAGGUCUGCUUAAGCGUGAAUUACAUUGGAAGAAAAGGCGUGAUCAGUUGUUUUUACAGAAGAAAACGAAGGAGAAAGAAUCAGACGCCCUUCAGGAAAGUCUGGAUUCGAUAGAAAGUGUGUUGAAAGAAUGCCAGAAUGGAGGCGAGGCUGAUCAGUCUGACAAAGAUCUACUGGUAGAAGAUUUCCAGUUGGAGGAUAAAUUUGGUGAUGGUUUUAAGAUAGACGAAGAGCAGACCGUGAUCCAUGUGCAGAAAAUUUAUUAUGCCACAAGAACACACUCUCAGGUGACACAGUUCAUCAGCGAGUUGAAAAGAAGUCCUUUUGGAUCUGUAACCCGUGUCGCUGCGCUGGCUUCGCGUCAAAAUUUAUGCAUUUUUGAACCGGUGCAAAAGCUGAAGAGUGUACACAUGAUCAACGAAAGAUGCAUAGAGCUUCAGAAAGGAUCCAAGAAAAAGUGUGAAGAUGGGACCAAAAAGCGCUCUAAACGAAAUCCGGAGUCAGAGAGCAGUUGCCCGUACUUUUCCAAAGAUCUCUUUGAAAAUCUUAGCAAUCAGAUUUUGGACGAAAUCAAGGAUAUCGAAGAUUUGACGAAAGCCGGAAUUCGCGAAUUAGCUUGUCCGUAUUACGGGAGCCGGUUGGCUGUUCCAGAUGCAGAGGUUGUUGCUCUUCCUUAUAAUAUUUUGUUUCAUAAAGCCACGAGAGAAGCCAGCGGCAUUUCCUUGCUCGAUCAGGUGGUAAUUAUCGACGAAGCCCAUAAUAUCUUGGAAUCAAUAGCCGGAAUGUAUUCCUGCGAGAUUACGGAAGCGCAUAUUCGAAAAGCUCUGAAUCAACUCCAACAAUAUCAUGAUCGGUAUAAGUCGCGUUUGUCGGCCAUGAACUUGUUGAAUAUACGACAACUGUUGUUCGUUCUGGAAAAACUUCAGAAUAUAUGGAAAAGAAACCCUGGCAGUGAAAAUGUCAAAACGGCUGUAAUGAAUACCGACCAGUUUUUGAUCCUGUGCGGACUAGAAAGCAUUAACCUCCGAGAUCUUCUGAAUUACUGCGACCGAAGCCUGAUUGCAAGAAAGCUUAUGGGAUUUGCCGAAAGAUAUCCGGAGUCAACUGGAGAGGAUUCCGCAUCAUCUUCCAGUUCUUUCAUGUUUAUUGAAUCGUUUCUUGACAUGCUGACCACCAUACCGGCAGACAGUCGCGUUUUCCUGUUUUACGAAUCGUCCGGCUCGAAAAGAGCAAAAUUCAUGUUGUUGAACCCAGCUGCUUUCGUCAGAGAUGUGUUUGCCCAAGCCCGAUCUGUGAUAUUAGCCGGAGGAACCAUGCAGCCGAUGUCAGAUUAUGAGGAUCAGCUACUCUUAUUAGCCGGUGUUCUGCCGUCGCGCAUCCACAAAUUUUCUUGUGGCCAUGUUAUUGGACCGGACAGGGUGCUGCCAAUCGUGUUACGCAAAGGACCAGCUGGAACUCAGUUCCAUUUCAGUUAUCAGAAUCGAGGGGACGAAGGAAUGGUGUUGCAGUUUCUGCGCCUUUUACUGAAUGUCUCCACUAUCAUUCCGGGUGGGAUUGUAUGCUUUUUUCCAUCGUAUGAUUGUGAAGAAAGAAUGUUUCAAAUUCUGGUGAAAAAUAGUGAGCUUUUGCGGAAUGUCGAAAAAAAGAAGAAGAUUUUUCGCGAACCAAAGCGGUCAGCCGAUGUGGAAUCGGUGCUCGAAGCCUACGCUAAAUGUAUUUCGAAUCCAUCGGAAAAUCGGACUGGAGCGGCACUUUUUGCUGUCGUAGGCGGGAAACUCAGCGAGGGCAUUAAUUUCAGUGAUGAAUUAGGCCGGUGCGUUAUGAUGGUGGGCAUGCCGUAUCCUAAUCGAUUUUCCGUGGAACUCCAAGAGAAAAUGGACUUCCUCAAUCGAAAACUGGUCAAAUCGGUUUCCGGAGCUCUGCCGGGUGAAAUGCAUUAUGAAAAUCUUUGCAUGAAGGCCGUUAAUCAAUCAAUUGGCCGCGCCAUCCGCCAUAAGAAUGAUUAUGCCGUAAUCCUUUUGGUGGACUCGAGGUAUGGACAUCCUAACGUAUCCCGUGCACUACCAAAAUGGAUCGGUGGGCAGCUGAAGACAGCUGAUCAAUUCUCGGAAGCGUUUGCGGAAAUAAAACGAUUUUUUGGGCGUUUGCAGACAAAGAUUUAAAGCAGCGGUUUCAUACAUGUUCCACGAUGGCCACGACUCAUGUCUGAAGUUGAAUCUCGUGUACGAGUAUGUCGUUUCUAUGUAAUUCGGUUUUCAUGGUAAAAAACUAAUUGUUCAGUCGCUACUUUCCUUCGUAACACGCUCCAGUGUUCUGCGUCCUGGAGCCGUUGUACAAUCUCAACUUGGUAGGGAUUUUACGGUACAACGUGUAAUGCCACCACUUUUAGAUUUUUAAUCAGUUACGAGUAUUAUUUAUCAGUAUAUCCACUAUUUUCUUGAUGUUGGGUGGAAGAGAUAAGCCAGCAUGUUGUAACAGAAAGGCCAUUUCGGUUACUAGUAACCCGAGUAAAUGAGCAAUCAAAAAUAGCACCAUCUUUACGAAAACUGGAUGAGUGUUUUUUCUAGAGGUGGAAGAUGUAAUACUGCUUCAAACAGGAUUUUUUAAGUCCGCUUGCCAAUGAUUGUGCAACAGUUUGGUCCAAAUUUAAAAAAUUCCCCCAUAACCGGCUUAUCCGCGCCUGCACCUUUGACAUUUUUAUUCUUCUUUUCGCAUACUCCGGGCGCGUCGUCCAGCGAUACAAUUUUGCAAUUCCAUCCGGUGUAAACGAUCAAAUUGCCUACCGUUCCACGCUUCCAUAUGCCCUGGCAGUCUGCGAAAAGAGUUACAAACUCUGCCUGUAUGUAUUAUCAUAAUUUAUACUUUCAACUUUUUAAUUAGUUUCACGUAGUUUACUCCAGUUCUGUGGGGUGUUUCCGUCUGCGUCGUUCUAACAUGACCAACAAAACAGCUGGUAAUUAUUUCGCGAUCAGUGGACUGACUACAGAGUGAAUUAACUUGAU